GAUUGAGAGACUUUAGGCCCUUAAAAUCUAGAUUACAAAGAUGGGACGAACAGUAUAUGCUGAAGAACAAAUAAAGGACUUUAUAGAUAUUCUUGAUGCUUCUGGAAAAUGUAAUAUAGGCAUGAUUGUAGGUCAGCAGAAUAGUUCAAGUAAGGAUCAUGUCAUAUUAUUGGUUCCCACACCAAAUUCAAAUGGAGGAGAAUUUAAACCAGAUGCUAUUGAUGAACAAUGGAUCUCCCAGCACUCAAUACAGGUGACAAGAAUGAUGCCUGGUGGACUGAAUGUGAUUGGCAUCUUCGUCUGUGCGACACCUGAACAUCUGAAGACAUUACAACCAAAGCUAAGACAGGCGGUGUUUGCUGUGCAGAAACACAUGAAACGAAAAGAGAUUGUAAAGACAGCUGACAAGAUCACUGAAAGAAUUGUGGUACAGAUAUGUGCUGUAACAAAAAAAAUCACAUGUAGAGGCGUCGAUGUUGCUGAUCCAAACAGUGUAAUGAAACCAGUAGACUGGAAGUUUCAAAGCUCGCUCAACAAAUGGCCGCUUGUGACCUCUGUCCUUCAUGUAGAUUUAUCAAUACCUGUCACUAUGACAACAGGAAAAUCUGCACUUUUGAAAAAAUUUCAUAAUGGCUUAGCUCCAUUUUUAAAUUCAAUUCAGCAAUCAAUUUCAACAGUAAAUGGUGAGCUAAGACCUGGGCAAAAUCCAUUAGAUAAACAGUCCAAGUCAGGAAAGUCAGGAAAGAAGGGAUCUAGUGCAAGCGGAGGAUCCAGGCAGGUGUAUGAGGUGAAUCUCUUUAAUAAAAUGGUAUGCGACAAUUACCAGGUAGUGAAAUCAGAUUGUUCAGCUUGUUUUCAUUUACGAGGAAGUUUACAAUGUCGUGCAUACGUCAACAAUAAAGCUACGGUAGAUAAUGCAACACAGGCUCUAAAGGAAGAUGCAAUAAGAAGUUUACAAGCUCGAUGUGACCUGCUAGUGGAUGACCUCAUACAGAAUCCAGAGGACACUGAGGGCAGUACAACUCCUGGUUUCAACAGAGCAACUGUAUUACCACGGAGGGUGUUUACACCAGUUCCUGGAAUGUCAAUUGAUGCAUGUGACUACAUGUUUCCUGACGAGUCAUCAGCUGACUGCCUUGAGAGGUUUUCAGAAAUCCUCAGCUUAGAUACGACAACAGACAUGUUAGACUUCACAUCAGAAACCGUACCAGAUAUUGACGAUCUUAGUCAUGACACAGACAAUGAAGAAACAAUUCCAGUUGAUGAUAGGAAUGUUGGAAGACCUACUAGCAAAGCAGGAAGAGGAACAUAUAUAGCUGCUGCCCUCAGCUUAUCAGGGGCUGCUGUCGCAGCCUUGAUGUCUUACCUAACCCUGGCGAAUGAUUGACAAGGCAAUGAUCAAAUGUGUGCAGAUGGGAUCCAGUUCCUAGGUCAAGUCAAUGUGUGCAGAUGCAAGGAAGUGCCUGGCUCCUGUAGGUAAUGCGUACAGAUGGGUACCUUUUCCUAGGCCAAACUAAGCUGCUCACUGGCUCCCAAUCACAUGGUUGCCUCUACUGAAUCCUGAGAAAUGUGUUCAUAUUAUAAUUUUUUAAGUACACUUGGUUAAAAUAUGCAUUUUUUUUGUAAUAUUUCUAUUUGCUUAUCUCCUUAUAUUGUUUAUAACAUUUUUCCAUAAGCUUGCAGUCUACCUGUUAUUAACUACAAUUACCCGAAAAAUAAGAGCAGCAGUGUUAUGUAUAAUAUUUCAAUGGGACCAUCUCAUCUUUUAUAAUUGUCUAGUUUCUGCAUCCAUUUUGAAGGUUAAAAUUAUAAAAUAUUUUAUAGAAGGGGCAGUUGUAACAGGUAGAAAGACAAAAAUGGGUAAUAUGAAUGUGACCAUAUCCCAGAUUCAGGAUAUUUUGGUACUUAUGAAUUUUUUUUUUUACGUACACAGUAAUUCUGGUUAAACAAAAAAUACAAAAGAUACAGUUUAUAGGAUAUCAAUGCAUUCAAUGACAAACAAUUAAAAACAAAAAAAAAUACUAAUUGCAAUCUAUUCAAAUUCACAUUCAUUCAUUAAAACCUCCAAACAAGGAGAAGAUAAAACAUACUGUUCAUACAUUAAAAAUACAUUUACUAAAUUAACUAAAUUGAAUAAUGAAAACACUAUGAAAAGGAGAAGUGUCCUGCAUAAGUGACCAAUAUAUCAACAUGAGGCACACCAUCGGCAUUUGACAGUGUUACCAAAAUGACUUCAGCAGCAGCCCCAUGAGAUCAAGGUGAUUGUUGCCUGUCAUUACAUGAAAUAAUUAAUUUGCAUUUAGAGUUUCAGAUACAGUUUACGCUAAUUUAUAUUAGUUAUAGUCACAUUUUUCCAACCUAUAUACAUAUAUGCUACAGUAAAUGUACAAACAUCUACUAAACCAUGACAUUGUAAGAGAUCUAGUUUUGGCCUUUUUUUUGCACACCCUUGCAUUAGUUUAUCACAGAUGAACACUGGUAGACAGGCUGGAGAGUUUCUGCUGCAGUUCUUUCAGUCAUUGUUACUUGAACAAUUAAUGUUCUCACUCUGUAAUAUGGCAUAAAACCACCAUGACACUUCUCCAUCCAACACAGAACUUUGGUGAUUCGUCUGUACUCAAACUAUGAGCCACAGCUUUGGAAUCGCCAACAUUACUCAGUGUCGCGUGUCUAGAUCGCCCACCCUUAGGCUAAUAUCACACCAAGACUUUAUAGAACACAAAACACCAUUUCAAUCAAUUUUAAUUCCAUGAACAAUUUUAAUUAUGUCUAUCACAACGAUGUCAUGCAUGUUCAGCAUCAGUAUACAAUAUACAUGAUAUAAAUACAAGCAAAUUAUACUAUGUAUAUCCAACAACUAUAUCAGUCUGAUUAUAGUAUGUAUGAUAAUCAGACAUAGUUCAUCCAGUCAACAAACCAUUGUCUCUCCAAUAAAUUAUCAACUAUAUUAAGCAAGAUAAUCAGACAUGGUUCAUCCAGUCAACAAAUAUUGUCUCUCCAAUAAAUUAUCAACUAUAUUAAGCAAGAUAAUCAGACAUGGUUCAUCCAGUCAACAAACUAUUGUCUCUCCAACAAAUUAUCAACUAUAUUAAGCAAGAUAAUCAGACAUGGUUCAUCCAGUCAACAAACUAUUGUCUCUCCAACAAAUUAUCAACUAUAUUAAGUAAGAUAAUCAGACAUGGUUUAUCCAGUCAACAAACUAUUGUCUCUCCAACAAAUUACACUAUACCCACAAAUUACAUCAAUCGAUAUAGAAUGAAUAUAAUAUGAUAGACAUAGAAAAAUAUAAAUAAAAUCAAAGACUUCCCACUACAAGACCCCGUACUCUGUGUGCCUCGACCACUACGCUAAAGACACCCAACUCUGUUUCACCGCUCUGCCUUGCCUCAUGGGUCGCGAACACCAUGUAUCACUCAGCUAGGCCUACAUUACUUUCAAGUGAUGAGCAAUCCGUACCAAGGAGUCAGCCUUCAAAUCAAAAUAACAAAUACAAAAAUACGAGAACAAGAUAUGCAUAUGAUACAAUACACUUCAAGUGGAAUAUUCCAAUGAUUUGUAAUAACACGAGAACAAUUAGGCCUAACCUAUUACGGCUAGCUCAGAGGAAUGCAAUGCUCCAGUGUCCGGUGAAACACACACAAUAACCCAAAAUUAAACUCCAAUAAUUUCUAAUAGGCGCCUAGCACGGAAUCCGCCACCGCAUAAAUGCUAUUCUUCGCCUCACAUGGUCCUACAACACAACGGCAGGCACACACUGUGCAGGGAGACAUAUGUUUACUUGACAAUCGACACUGGCUUCACAACGUUAUAUACCACCUCAUUUACAUAUUAGCUACCCAUGUGCAUAUCGUAUCGCAUUUUAAUAUCACUGUUUUGGAUUGGCAAACUGAUGAUUUCGUGACACUCAGUAUGAGUGGAUUUGUGGAUUUCUAUUUGUGGAUGGUAUCAACUGUAGCUGCGCUAUGCAGCAUAAUACCAUGCUCCUUGCUAGCAUCUUUGCAUUUAUUACGUUUUUUGUUCCAUGCUGCCAGAUGCUAAAGUUUUUAUUACAUAUUGUUUUAAGAUUUUUUUAUAAAAACCUGGAUCUAAUUUGCAUAAUGAGCCAUGUUGACAAUAUUUAUUCAUUACAAGAAAAAAAAAGAAUGAAGCCACUGCUCAGAGACCAAUUAAAAAUAAUCUUAAAUCCAUUCCUAUUUUCUUUCACAUUAUUAAAACCCUUCACUAUCUUGUUUGCAUUUAGUUGUUUUUUUUUUUACUUUUUUUUUGCUGUAUUUUUAUAGAUUAAGUUUAGUUAAGGGGAAGCUAAUCAUAUGCCACUAGUCAUGAUUACUAUGUGGCUGUCUGGCGUUCCCAGGUAAUAUAUUUACUGAAUUUUCAUAAAA